AUGUGCUGGGCCAGGCUGUGUCACCCAGGAGCCCCCAAAUCUGUCCCUUUGCAGCCGGGACUCCGGGUCGCUGCCGAGACAUGUGUUGACUUAAUCAUUACCAGCAUUUACACUUGCAAAAGUAUUUCAGAAGCAAUUCCUCUCUCCGUCCUCGACCUGGGCUGGGUUGGUGGCUCCUCUGCCCGUGCUGGCCCAGCCCAGCACCGGCUCUGCUUCUGUUUUCACAGGGCAGACUGGUUCCUUCUGGACAGCCGAACAGUUCGUCAUGCUGCCAUCGGCUUGUUCUGCUGCGGGGUCUCAGUCUACCUCACAGCUCUCGCCAUCUACAUGCUGCUGCUGUUUGAGCUGGAGGCCGGCAUUGCCAGUGCUUGUAUCCUCUCCUCUGGCAUCAUCGUCCUGCUGAUCACGGUGACACACGCCCUGGUACGGGCUUCCCAGGUUUCACACCGCAGCCGCUCCGAGGUCUCUCACACCCUGUACGAGAACGACUCUGCCCAGCACGGCGAAUCCUCCGCCAGCGAUCUGAACAACAAGAACGCAGCUGAGCCCCGGCCCCGGCCUCAGAUCCACCGGGAAUUUUCUUUCCCUCCUUUCCUGGAGCACAAAUCUCAGCUGGGCUCUCCGGCCAGCAGCAACCUCACCUCCUCGGGCAGCCCCGGGCUUCGCUCCGAGCAGGAGAGCUACAACCUGCCCCGAACGCACAGGACGCUGUCGGCAGAGUCGGGCCUGCUGCAGGCCCAGAGCAAGCCCUGGCACGGCGUCACGCAGGAGAUGAGGAACGUGCUGUCACGCAAACCCGGCCCCUCGGGCAAGGACUCGACUCUGGUGUGAGUGGAAGUGGGAGGUUUUUGCCCUGUCUUGUCCCAGGGGAGCUGCAAGCUCCAGGGCCAUGAUGUGCAUCUCUAAUUAGAGCUUAAUAUAGGUCAUGUCUCAGCAGAGCAGGGGGGUGGCUGCUUUUCCAGCCUUUACAGACCCUUGGGGGGGGGGUCUGUGCACCCACUGCCUGAUGCUCUUUGCUCCUUUUACUGAGAAGACACCACCUCCAUUCAAAGCCAAAAGCCCUUGGUCGCCUAACUGGAGCCCCCAGCCCCUCCUGCCAUGCCGCUGGCCCUUGUCACCCCACAAACAAGGAGCCACACUGGCAGGGCAGUGGCUGGCAGUGACCCACGCCGGACCCCCAGGGCUGUCCCAGCUGCAGCGAAGGGAAGAGGAACAUGGGGGUGGAAAAGAACCACGUGGAACCUUGUCCAUGAGCAGACCUACCCUCCUCCUCCAGCAGAGCCCAGCCCAUCUGGCUGUACCUCCCUGCCCUUCCUCUGCCUCCUUCCUUCCUCCUCUGUUCCUGGAAGCCAGCACCACAUGGAGACAGUCCCCACAACCUACCCAGCGUGCAGCCAGGCAGGCGUUAAGAAACCGAGGGAGGCGAUGGAGGAGUGAGAUGGAACCAGAGGAGCCUGCAAGGCACAGAGAGUGGGUUCGGGGUGGCAGAGAACCUGCUGCUUGGUCACCAGCACGUCCCCACUCUGAGCGGAGCUCGGCUGGCUAAGCAGGGUCACUUCAGGGGUCACCCAGCGGUGGGGGGCCCCUCUGGGUUUACCUGGGUGCCACCAGAAGAGCAACUGUUGAGGCUGAGGUCCAGGAAGGGUUUGCAUUGGCACUGCCAGUCCUCUGCUGCGUGCAGGGCAGAAAGCAGGCGUACCAAAGGCAGCAGCUGUUUCUGUGAAACACUCGCUCCGUCCCCCUCCUUGCAGCCCCGUGCUCUGCCAGCCCAGGCCCAGAGCAGCAGCACGCUUGGCUCUUCCCCAAUUCCUUAUCCUUCAGCAAUCAGCAAAGCAUUUCUGCUGGACUGUGAAGUAAAGCAUGAAGGGAGGCCGCCGAUUCAAACAGAUUCCCUCUCACCUCCCGUGCUAUUAUCCUGACAGAUACCUGUUAUCCUCAGCACAAUACGAUUUCUUUGGAAACGGAGUUUAGCGCUGCUUUGAUCCCUGCAUCCUUGGUAAAUUCUUCAGCAGAAGAGAACUGUUGGUUCCAGGAGAGAUUAACAUUAAAGUUGCAUCCUUUUUAAAGUGACCUCCAAAGCUGUGCGUACAGCUCUGCUUCCCACUGCUUGACGGGAUGAAGAAAGUCCUUUUUUUGUUGUUUUUUUUGAAGAACGGGACAGUUUCUUUUUUCACUUGAAAAGCUCCAA